AUGGGGUACAAACCUCCUAAGGUUGAUAUUUUUGAUGGGACAGGUGAUCCUCAUGCACAUCUGAGGGCCUACUUCGACAAGUUAGUAGGAGUAGGAAGGAACGAGAAAUUGAGGAUGAAAUUGUUUAUUAGAAGUUUGUCAGGAGAGGCGCUCACUUGGUAUACUCGCCAAGAUCCUCGCAAAUGGAGCGACUGGCAGGAUAUGGCUGGGGAUUUCAUGAAUCGCUUCGGAUUCAACACUGAGAUCACACCAGAUAGAUUUUCUCUGAGCAACAUACAAAAGAAGGCGACUGAAUCAUUCCAGGAUUACGCAAGACGUUGGAGAAUUGAGGCUGCUCGAGUUCUGCCCCCAUUGGACGAAAGCGAGCUCAGUAAGUAUUUCAUUCGAGCUCAGGAAGGCAUCUACUUUGAAAAGAUGAUGGGAUCGAUGGGCCAAAAGUUGGCCGAUUUGGUCAAAAUGGGAGACUUUUUGGAAGAAGGAAUCAAGUUCGGAAAGAUUCAAUCAAUGGCUGCACUGCAAGCCGCAAGCAAAGCCAUACAGUCAGGUUCCAUUAGUGGAAUUAAAAAGAAGAAGAAGGACAUAUCCAAUAUCACACCUUACUACCGGCGAGGAGAGUCAUCUCGCCGAUACCCCACAAACCCCCAAAUCUUUGCUCAUGCCCCUUAUGUCCCAUACCCAGCUUAUAACGCCCAACCACAUUACAACCCACCACGAGCCCCCACUUACCAAAACCCUCCAAGACCUUACACCCCUAUCCAAGCACCCGUCCACCAGAAUAGACCACCAUAUGCCCCAAGACCUCGCCCAACUCCCGAAGUCAGAAAUACCCGAACCUAUACCCCCAUAGCCAAGCCUUUGGCCCAAUUAUUUGAAAGGUUGAGGACAGCAGGAUUGUUGCAACCAGUUAAAGGAAGAAUCCCUGAUCCAAUUCCUCGAAACUUUGAUGGGAACAAACGCUGUGCAUAUCAUUCAGGAAUUCAGGGACAUGACACCGAGGAAUGCUUUAGUUUGAAGAACCAAAUUGAAGCUUUAAUCAAGAGCGGAGCAAUUCAAUGCACUACGAACGCCCCCCGAACGUGA